AUGCAGUACUUGACAUCAAAUAAUACCCCCAAGAUACACAAGAUGAGUACUUCUACACCUUGGAUGCAAUCAGCAUCUACUGUGUCAGAUCAAUACUAUAACAAUGGUUCACCCGAUUCCAUGCUAACAGAUACGGAAGACAUCUACAUGUCUGAUACACCAAAAUCCUCAAGAAGCCGCAAUUCAACUUCUGAUAUGUGUGUAGAAAAAAACACAGAAGGAAAACCACCUUAUUCCUAUGCUACCUUAAUCAAGUAUGCGAUUGAGCGUAGUUCAGAGAACAAAUUAACUCUAAGCCAAAUCUAUCAAUGGGUAAUUGAGCAUUAUCCUUAUUAUGGAUCUGCCGGUUCGGGCUGGAAGAACUCAAUCCGUCAUAAUCUCUCGCUUAACAAGAGCUUUGUACGUGUUCCUCGUCCUGUCAAUGAGCCUGGUAAAGGUUCUUAUUGGACUGUAGACCAAUUUGCGGCAGAUACAGAACAACGAGUAAAAUCCAAUGUACGUGGUCGUUCAAAUAGACCCAACAGCGAUUUAAAUCAACGUACCAAUGCGCCUUGGUUAACAGGUCGUCAUCAGUAUUACCAUCAUCAUCGUGAUAGUAGAUCACUUUCAACAGAUGCAGGUGUUUCUUCUCCAUCAACCACAGUACGCCGACCAUCCCAAUAUGGUUACUGCAGUCAUCCGUAUAGCGGUGGUGGGUACGAACGUAAUCUUCCCUAUGGAUACUACCAACACCGUAUUCCAUCUUCACAUGAGACACUAUUAUCUGCUCGUCAAUCGUCUGUCACCUACAGUCUUCCUAAUCAACCUUCAUUUGGCAUGUACCAACCACCUGCUUACUCGCAUCGUCAAUCUUGUCCUGACUUAUCCUCUACAUAUGCUGAAACACUCCCAGAUUUCAAUACCACACCCUCUGCUUCUACACCAUGCGACAGUCAAAAGAUGUGCUAUCCGCCCUUUACCAGUUAUUCUUCUACAUUACCUAACACAGAAGAACUCACUUCACCCAAUUCUUUAAAAGGCAAUACUGCGCAAGAAACGCCACUGACUUCAUUUUUUAAAGAGUUUGAAGGCAAAGAUGGAUUACCUUCACCUGUCUUGUCUUCUAGUAAUUGUUCUUCUACAUCGCCUUCGAACAUGUCGGUGGCAGAUCCACUCUCUCUGGUAACACAACACCCUUCACCCGUGACAACAACAACGACAGCUGUUGCCCCUGAUACAUCGUAUUCGUCCAACUUGUUGAUACAAAAAGAAGGCUGUCUUACAUCCCCUUCUUCUCCAUUAGCCAUGACAGGUAAUAUUUCAUAAAGUCAUACCAUUAAACUGACUCCAUAUACUCUAGAGAGUGCUAUUUCCUACAUGGUUUCACAACAGCAACAAGAUGAUCAUUCUUUGCGUGAUA